AAAUGAUAUUUGAGCGGAGUAUAUAAAAGCCUUACUCUACGCCAAACUGUCGUUCCCCUUUUUUUUUUCUCGGUUCAAGCUUAUUUUUUCUAACUGCUUUACCUUUUAUUUUGCUUAAAGGUCGCGUAGAGCAAAUAGAAGAAAGCUUUUAUCUUUUUUUUUUUUUUUUUAAAAAAACUCUUAAAAAGUUUGUUUAUACCUUUUUAUUCAUUAACAAACGAAUAAGAACAAACUUAUGCUCGAAGACGAAACGACACUAAAUCCGACAUCUUCUAUUGCUGCACCCGGUGCAUCUGAAGUACUUCUUGUAUUUGACCAUCAUAAACUUCAAGAAUACUUUGAGCAACUUUUACCCCUGGUGCUUGGUGCUGAUGUAUCCGACCUUGAAAAUACCUUGUUUUCUUAUCCUGAUACAGGUGAGAAAUUUAAACGUUUUGCUAAUGAUCCCCAAACACCAGCCAUCUUCAUUUACAAGGAAAGAGACAACGUUAAAGAUGAAGACGAAGGAACCCCUGCUACCUAUUCAUAUACCGUUUCUCAUGAAAUAACAUACCUCCCGACUCAUGUUGGUUCGUUAGCUGUCAUCAAACGCUCUGCUACGCUCGAUCAAUCUCGACCUCUACAAAAUCAGUUGCAACUAAUUAAUCUUCCUGGAGCUCCGAACGCUAGUGAACCCGGCCAAACAGGCGCUUACGAAUUUUUGCAUUCAUACAUUCAUUUAGCUGUCAGUCCUUACUUUGAUGCUUACGUUAAUGCUAGAUAUGGUAAAGCAGCAAAUGAAACUAGUACCAAGAGCAAGAAUGAAGAGAAUAAGAUGGGUGUUCCAAUGGCUAAGAAAAAGAUGGCAGAACUUGAGCUUAGUUUAUUGCAUCUUCAACAGAAUGUUGAAAUUCCUGAAGUAUCAUUAAAUAUUCAUCCUGUUGUUCAAAAGGCAGUUGAUAAGUGCCGUGAACAAAGCAAGAGAGUUACAGUCGAGGCAAUUGAUCCUGCUCUCUUUUCUGAUUCUUCGUUCCUUAAUAAACUUCAAAGUGAUGUCAAUGUUUGGAUUAAGGAAAUCCAAAAGGUUACCAAAAUGUCCCGUGAUCCUGCAAGUGGCACAGCAAUCCAGGAAAUUAACUUUUGGCUUAGUAUGGAAAGUGCUCUUGAAAAGAUAGAUGAGCAAUUGAAGAGUGAUCAAAUAACUUUAACCCUCGAUAUCUUGAAAUAUGCCAAGCGUUUCCAUGCGACUGUCAGUUUCAUUGCCGAUACGGGUCUAAAGGAAGGAAUGGAGCGAGUCCACAAGUACAACCAACUUAUGAAGGACUUUCCUCUUAAUGAACUUCUGUCAGCUACGGAUUUGGACAAGAUUAGAGAAUCCCUUCACUUAAUAUUUGGACAUCUCAACAAGAAAUUGAAGCUAUCACCUUAUCCAAUUCGUCGAGCUCUUCCUUUAGUUGAAGCUAUUUCAAAAGAUCUCAACGACCAGCUUUUGAAAGUGCUCGGUAGUCGUCGUAUGAUGUAUAUGGAGUAUGACGAUUUCGAACGUACUACAGGAGGCGCAGAGUCAGUAUUCCAAACAUGGGAUGACUUGAUCAAAGAGUUUACUAAUGUCGCUCGUGAUGUUACUCGUAAACGAUCUGAAAAGUUCUUGCCUAUUAAGAUCAAUCCAGCACACGCAAAACUCCAAGAACGUGUCACUUUUGUGCAGGCCUUCAGAAAACAGCAUGAACAACUGCAUCAAACUAUUGUACGUGUUAUGACCAGUCCUCGUGCAAAGAAGGCUACCGUUGUAGAAGAUGGACAAGUUAAAAGUAUUAUGGAAGAAGAAGAAAGUGUAAGCAUUAGCGACAUCAACGCCGUAGAAGAAGUAAAACUGGCCUAUGAAAGUGUCAAGAAUAUUGAUGUGCUUGAUGUCUCUCCUGAGGGAACUGAAAUUUGGGUUCAGGCAGAGACUGCUUACAAUGAAAGAGUGUCGCGUGUCGAAAACCAGAUCAUUGCUCGUUUACGCGAUCGUUUGGGCACUGCAAAGAGCGCUAAUGAAAUGUUUAGAGUAUUUUCCAAGUUCAACGCACUCUUUGUUAGACCCAAGAUUCGUGGUGCUAUUCAAGAAUACCAAACACAGCUCAUUGAUAGUGUCAAAGAAGAUAUCAAUAAGUUGCACGACAAGUUUAAGAUGCAGUAUAGAAACUCUGAAGCCUACCACAUGGCACAGCUUCGUGACUUGCCUCCUGUCUCAGGUGCCAUCAUUUGGGCACGUCAAAUCGAUAGACAACUGUCUCUUUAUAUGAAACGUGUUGAGGAUGUUUUAGGUAAAGGAUGGGAGCUUUAUGCUGAAGGGCAAAAGCUUCAGAUUGAAAGCAGCAGUUUCCGUAAAAAGUUGGAUACUCGUCAAAUUUAUGACAAUUGGCUUCAAGAGAUUACCAAGCGUGAUUUGUCUGUGUCUGGACGUAUUUUUGAAAUUUCACGUAACCGUGUUCAAAAGAAUGCACUUCAAUUGGGCAUCAACUUUGAUGGUCAAAUCAUUGCCUUAUUCAAGGAAGUCAGAAACUUGUUAUGGCUGAACUUCCAAGUACCCCACACUAUAUCUAAUGUAGCAAAAGAUGCCAAGCGUGUCUAUCCUUUUGCCGUUAGUCUCAUGGAAACUGUCCGAACUUUCUCUCAAACUGUUCAUAAAGUAAAUCGAAACCCGGAAAUUGCUACACUAGUAGCUGGUUAUCGAAAUGAGGUCCACAACAUGAUCACGAAGGGUAUCAACUUACGCUGGGAUUAUUUUGUCAGCUCUUAUGAUGCUCAUCACCGUCCACUGUCAUAUCUCUCUGGAACUCCUUUGGACGCUCGUGAAAACAGACAUGUCAUGUUUGUUCGUGAAUUUGCCAAUGUUGUAUCCGUGUUCCAGGACAAAGUUGAUGCAUUGAUCGGUUACUAUGACGAUAUAACAAAAGGAAUUGACGAAAUGAAGGCUUGCCCUUAUCAGACAGAAAAGUUUGAGGACACACUCGGCCGUAUUCAAAAGAUAAUUGACCGUUUGAACCUCGAAAACUACUCAAACCUUGACCAAUGGGUUUCCGGUUUGGAUAAACGUAUCGAAACUGUAUUGAUUGCUCGUUUGCAGCAAGCCAUUAAGGCAUGGACGAACGCAUUCAUGGGUGUUAACGAAGAAGCCGUUGUGCCUGAAGUCAGUAUGUCAAAGUCUAGACGCAAGAGAAAAGCUGGUGGCCAACGUGAUAGCAUUGCUCCUGUUGAAGAAACUACAGUAGCUCAGAAAUCAUCAGAUGUUAAGCCUGCUCUCCAGGUGCUCAUCCAUGAAGUCCGUAUACGUAAUCAAGUCAUGUACCUUGACCCUCCUAUCGAACAAGCUAGAACCAGCUGGUGGUUCCAACUUCAUGAUUGGUUGGCUGUUGUCUGUCAUCUUCCUCGUAUUCAAAGCUCACGUUAUGAAGGUGGUCUCAGCGUUAAAGAUAAUCCAACCAUCGAAAAGACGUAUUCUAGUCUUUUGACCCGUAUGGGUGAUAAUUCUCUUGAAUACGCUUAUCAAAUUGUUGAAGACAAGAUUCGUCAAGUCUCUGAUUAUGUUAACAUUUGGCUACAGUAUCAGUCCCUGUGGGAUCUGGAAUCUAGCCACGUCUUUUCGAUCCUUGAAGAUGAUCUCGGUAAAUGGCAGCAGAUUUUGUUAGAAAUCAAAAAAGCUAGAUCUACAUUUGACAAUUCCGAAACCGAGCAAUCAUUUGGUCCACUUGUGAUUGAUUAUGAGCAAGUGCAGAGUAAAGUGAACCAAAAGUAUGAUCAAUGGCAACGUGAAAUCCUCAACAAGUUUGGCUCACUUUUGGGAACUUCCAUGAAGGACUUCCAUACUUCUGUUUCAAAGGCUCGUUAUGAACUUGAACAGCAAUCUAUUGAAAGCAAUUCUACUGGUGAAGCUGUAACCUUUAUUACGUUCGUCCAAGAUUUGAAGCGAAAGGUUGCCAAGUGGAGUCUGGAUGUGGAAUUGUUUAGACAGGGUCAGAAAACUCUCGAACGACAGCGUUUCCAAUUCCCAGGAGAUUGGGUGUAUGUUGACCAAGUGGAUGGUGAAUGGAGUGCUUUCAAUGAAAUCUUGAGCAGAAAGAACAAUGCUAUUCAAGAACAGGUUGCUGGAUUGCAAAUGAAGAUUGUUGCUGAAGAUAAGGUUAUUGAACAAAAGAUUCGUGAUAUAUGUGCUGAAUGGGAGAAGACCAAACCUGUUCAGGGCGAGAUUAAGCCGGAUAUUGCAACAAACACUUUGUCUAUUUUUGAAGGACGUGUUACUCGCUUGAAGGAAGAGUAUGAUAUGGUUUGUCGUGCUAAGGAAGCAUUAGACCUAGAACAAACAUCAGAAGCACGUCUGGAUCCUGUUCUUGAAGAACUUCGAGAUCUCAAAUCUGUGUGGACCGCUCUUGCUCGUGUAUGGCAAUCUCUGAAUGAAAUUCGUGACAUUCCCUGGUCUUCAGUUGUCCCCCGUAAGGUGCGUCAGAGCAUUGACGAACUCGUUAAUUCCACAAAGGAAAUGCCAAACCGUAUGCGUCAAUAUGCUGCUUAUGAAUACAUGCAAGAUACCCUCCGUCAGCUCUUGCGUGUGAAUCCCUUAGUAGGCGACUUGAAAUCUGAGGCUCUUCGUGAACGUCAUUGGCGUCAAAUCUUUAAAUCUCUUCGCGUUGAGGGACGCUUCACUUUAUCUGAAAUGACUCUUGGACAUUUGUGGGAUCUUGAUCUUAAGCGUAACGAAACUGUUAUUAAGGACGUCAUCAUGCAAGCUCAAGGUGAAAUGGCACUUGAAGAGUUCUUGAAACAGAUCAAGGAAACAUGGACGGGAUACGUUUUGGACCUGGUCAACUACCAAAACAGAUGUCGUCUUAUUCGUGGAUGGGAUGACUUGUUCAGCAAAUCGAGUGAACAUCUUAAUUCUCUUACUGCUAUGAAGUUAUCACCAUACUAUAAAGUAUUUGAAGAAGACGCUUCAUCUUGGGAAGAUAAAUUGAAUCGCAUUCAUGUCCUUUUCGAUGUUUGGAUUGAUGUUCAACGUCAAUGGGUUUAUCUUGAAGGUAUCUUUAGUGGAAGCGUAGAUAUCAAGCAUUUGCUCCCUGUAGAAACGUCUCGUUUCCAAAGUAUUAACACUGAAUUCUUGACCGUCAUGAAGAAGGUGUACAAGUCUCCAUUUGUGUUGGAUGUCCUUAAUAUCCCUAAUAUUCAAAAGUCUUUGGAACGUCUUGCAGAACUACUGAGCAAGAUUCAAAAAGCCUUGGGUGAAUAUCUUGAGCGAGAACGUUCUUCAUUCCCUCGUUUCUAUUUUGUUGGUGAUGAAGACUUGUUAGAAAUCAUUGGUAACAGCAAGGACAUAUUGCGUAUACAGAAGCACUUCAAGAAGAUGUUUGCUGGUAUUGCUACCAUUUUGUUAGAUGAAGAGCAAACAGCUAUUAUCGGAAUGGCCUCAAAGGAAGGCGAAGAAGUUCGAUUCAAGACACCUGUGUCCAUUAAGGAUAAUCCAAAAAUCAAUGACUGGUUGACUCUAUUGGAAAAGGAGAUGCGAGUAUCACUUGCUUUGCUUUUAACUGACGCUGUCACUGAGCUUGAAAACAUUUACAAUGCUGAAGAAAUGAGCUCCUCCGACUUUAUGGAAUGGAUAGACCGUUAUCCUGCUCAGCUUGUCGUUUUAGCAGCUCAAAUUAUUUGGACUCAAUCUGUGGAUAAGGCACUUACUACCAUUGAUGACGCUGGUAAUGGUGAUCUAGCACCAAUGCAGCAUGCUGUUACUCUUAUCGAAAGAAACUUGAAUAUAUUGGCUGAUGCAGUUUUACUUGAUUUACAGACCAUCAAGCGAAGAAAGUGUGAGCAUCUUGUCACUGAACUUGUACAUCAACGUGAUGUUACUCGACAACUUGUAGCCGACAAUAUUUCAUCACCCAAAGAUUUCAAUUGGCUUUAUCAUAUGCGAUUCUACUUUAACAACACCGUCGAGAAUCCUAUCCAUCGACUGACUAUCAACAUGGCUAAUGCCCAAUUUUACUAUGGAUAUGAGUAUCUCGGUGUCGUUGAUCGUCUUGUUCAAACCCCAUUGACGGGCCGUUGUUACUUGACUUUGACACAAGCUUUGGAGCAGAGACUCGGUGGCUCUCCAUUUGGACCUGCAGGUACUGGUAAGACGGAAUCCGUAAAGGCUUUGGGUGUACAGCUUGGUCGCUUUGUCCUUGUUUUCUGUUGUGAUGAAACAUUCGACUUCCAAGCUAUGGGUCGUAUCUUCAUUGGUCUUUGUCAAGUUGGUGCAUGGGGUUGUUUUGAUGAAUUCAAUCGUCUCGAAGAACGUAUCUUAUCUGCUGUUUCCCAGCAAGUUCAAACUAUCCAGUUAGGCCUUAAAGAGGCCACUACAAAUCCUAAUCAUGAAAUUGAAUUGGUUGGUCGUAAUGUACGUGUCAAUACUGACACAGGUAUCUUUAUCACUAUGAAUCCUGGCUAUGCUGGUCGUUCCAACCUGCCUGAUAACUUGAAGAAACUGUUUAGAAGUAUGGCCAUGACUAAGCCUGAUCGGGAACUGAUUGCCCAAGUAAUGCUCUACUCUCAAGGUUUCCGUACUGCGGAAGUUUUGGCUUCAAAGGUUGUGCCCUUAUUCAAUCUUUGUGCCGAACAACUUUCUCCUCAGUCUCAUUAUGACUUUGGUUUGCGUGCUCUUAAGAGUGUACUAGUUAGUGCUGGUAACUUGAAGCGUGAUCGCUUGACACAACUUCGUCAAGAAAUCGAAAAGGGCGAAGUCGACCAGACUGAAUACGCAAGAAUCUCGGAACCUAUUCCCGAGCAACAGUUGCUUAUUUCUAGUAUUCGUGAAACAGUUGAACCUAAACUGGUCGCCGAUGAUAUUCCUCUUUUGACUAGCUUACUUGCAGAUGUGUUCCCUGGCGUUCAUUAUGCACCUGGUAACCUUGAUCGUCUCAAGGAGGAAUUACGUAAAGUCUGUGAAGAGCGUCGUCUUGUUCCUGGGGAUGCAUGGAUGGAAAAGGUCAUUCAGCUGUAUCAAAUUCAAAACAUUCAUCACGGUUUAAUGAUGGUUGGUCCCUCUGGUGCCGGUAAAUCUACUGCCUGGAAAACAUUACUUACUGCCUUGGAGCGUGUUGAAGGCGUAGAAGGCAUCGCUUAUACGAUUGAUCCUAAAGCAAUUCCUAAAGAUGCUCUGUAUGGUACUCUGGACUCCACUACUCGUGAAUGGACUGAUGGUCUAUUCACUCAUAUCCUUCGUAAGAUUGUUGAUAACGUACGUGGUGAAAGCCAGAAACGUCACUGGAUCAUCUUUGAUGGUGAUGUUGAUCCUGAAUGGGUAGAAAACUUGAACUCUGUCCUUGACGAUAAUCGUCUUCUUACAUUACCCAAUGGUGAGCGUCUUAAUCUACCACCAAAUGUACGUAUCAUGUUUGAAGUCGAGACCCUCAAAUAUGCUACUCUAGCUACCGUUUCUCGUUGUGGUAUGGUCUGGUUCAGUGAAGACAUCAUCACAUUACCCAUGAUAUUCUCCAACUACCUCGAUACUCUCCGCAAUGUACCCAUGGAUGAAAUUGAAGAAGAAGGGUCUUCUUCUCGUCGUCGUACGGAAAGUGGAGGCACUGCCGCUAACGGAGCUACUGCCACUGAAGGCGGAGUAUCACCCAACUUGCACACUCAGAGAGCUAUUGCCGAUAUUAUGGCUCCUGAUCUUUCUGAUGAAAACUGCCUGGUAGCUAAAUGUUUGGAUUAUGCUUUUACCCUUGAGCAUAUUAUGGAUUUCACUCGCAUGCGUGUACUUUCAACCUUCUUUUCACUUUUGAACAAGACAGUUCGCAAUGUUUUAGAAUAUAACGCUCAGCACUCAGAUUUCCCUAUGACAGGCGAUCAUUUAGAAGGUUAUAUCACCAAGCGUAUUAUCUACUCUAUCAUCUGGAGUUUCACUGGUGAUGCCAAGCUUGAUUUACGAGCUGUUCUUGGAGACUUUGUUCGCGGAGUAACCACUUAUGAACUGCCACCCACCACAAAUGGCCAUACCAUCAUUGAUUAUGAUAUUGCUGUGAACACAGGUCAAUGGGUGCCUUGGGAAUCAAAGGUUCCUGUCAUUGAAAUCGAAACCCAUAAGGUUUCUGAUGCUGAUAUGAUUAUCCCCACUGUCGAUACUAUUCGUCAUGAAGAAGUGCUUUACUCUUGGUUAUCUGAGCACAAGCCUUUGAUCUUGUGUGGUCCUCCUGGUUCUGGUAAAACCAUGACAUUAUUCAGUGCUCUUAGAAAGCUUCCUGAUAUGGAGGUAGUGGGUCUUAACUUUUCAAGUGCAACAAGCCCUGAAUUGGUUCUCAAGACAUUUGAACAACACUGUGAAUAUAGAAAGACACCUAAUGGCGUCGUUCUUUCACCGCUCACCAUUGGUCGAUGGCUCGUUGUAUUUUGUGAUGAAAUCAAUUUGCCAGCUACAGAUAAAUACAACACGCAGCGUGUUAUCUCUUUUCUCAGACAACUUGUUGAAUAUAACGGUUUCUGGAGAACCAGUGACAAGUCCUGGGUUACCUUGGAGCGCAUUCAAUUUGUCGGAGCAUGUAACCCUCCAACUGAUCCUGGCCGUGUUCCUCUUUCACAUCGUUUCCUUCGUCACGCACCUUUGGUUAUGGUUGACUAUGCUGGUCAACUUUCACUCAUGCAAAUUUACGGUACAUUUACACGCGCUAUGCUUAAACUUGUACCCAAUUUGCGUGGUUAUGCCGAGCCUCUUACUGCUGCGAUGGUUGAACUGUAUUUGGCUUCACAGAGACGAUUUACUCCUGAUAUUCAAGCUCAUUAUAUCUAUUCUCCUCGUGAACUUACCCGUUGGGUUCGUGGUAUCUAUGAGGCCAUUAAACCUCUUGAGACUCUUACUGUUGAGGGUCUAGUUCGUAUCUGGGCACAUGAAGCUUUGCGUCUCUUCCAGGAUCGUUUGGUAGAUGAAGAGGAACGUAAAUGGACCGAUGACAUGAUCGACUCUAUUGCCAAUAAGCACUUUCCUUCUAUCAAUCAUGAAGAAGCGCUCGAGAGACCUAUUCUUUUCUCUAAUUGGCUAUCUAAACACUAUAUUCCUGUUAAGCGUGAACAACUACGUGACUUUGCUAAGGCUAGACUUAAGGUCUUUUAUGAAGAAGAACUCGAUGUUGCAUUGGUGCUCUUUAAUGACGUUCUUGAGCAUGUUCUCCGUAUUGAUCGUGUCUUCAGACAACCUCAAGGUCACUUACUGCUUAUCGGUGUCAGUGGCUCUGGUAAGACUACGUUGUCUCGAUUCGUUGCAUGGAUGAACGGUUUAAGUGUUUUCCAAAUCAAAGCGCACAACAAGUAUACUGGUGCUGACUUUGAUGAUGAUUUACGUACUGUGCUUCGUCGCGCUGGUUGUAAAGGCGAAAAGAUUUGUUUCAUUAUGGACGAGUCCAACGUUCUUGACUCUGGUUUCCUUGAACGUAUGAAUACACUACUGGCUAAUGCCGAAGUUCCCGGUUUGUUUGAAGGUGACGAGUAUGCUUCGCUUAUGACAGCAUGCAAAGAAGGUGCUCAACGUGAUGGCUUAAUGCUUGAUUCUAACGAAGAACUCUACAAGUGGUUCACUCAACAGGUGAUGCGCAACCUUCACGUCGUGUUUACCAUGAAUCCUCCCGAAGGCGGCCUUGCUUCACGUGCAGCCACUUCACCAGCUUUGUUCAAUCGUUGUGUUCUUGACUGGUUCGGUGAUUGGCCGGAUCAAGCUUUCUAUCAAGUCGGUAUGGAGUUCACAAAGACUCUUGAUCUUGACAUGCCAAACUAUGCCGCUCCUCUCAACUUCCCUAUUGCCUACCGCAACUUGCCCAUUCCUCCUAGCCAUCGUGAAGCAGUUGUCAACGCGCUUGUCUUUGUCCAUCAAUCAUUGUAUGAGAUCAAUGCUAAGCUCAGCAAGCGUCAAGGACGAUACAACUAUGUCACGCCUCGACACUUUUUGGACUUUAUCUCUCAUUACGUUCGACUUUAUAACGAAAAACGUGAAGAUCUGGAAGAACAACAGCGUCAUCUUAACGUUGGUCUUGAGAAGUUAAAGGACACUGUGAUUAAGGUAGAAGAGCUGAGAAAGAGCCUUGCUAUAAAGAAGAAUCAACUUGAAUUGAAACAAAAUCAAGCAAAUGAAAAGAUUAAACAGAUGGUUGAAGAUGAAAAGGAAGCUGAACGUAAGAAAGCAGAUUCUCUUGUCAUCAAGAACAACUUGAAGAUUCAGACACAGGAAAUCGAAGCUCGUCGUGCUGAAGUUGACAAUGAUUUAGCUAAUGCUGAACCUGCUGUAAAGGAAGCCGAAAUGAGUGUCAAGAGCAUCAAGAGACAGCACCUUACCGAAGUGAGAUCUAUGAGUAAUCCUCCCGAAGCAGUCAAGCUUACUAUGGAGUCUGUCUGUAUUAUGCUUGGACACAAGAUUGACAGUUGGAAGACAGUGCAAAGUAUCAUCCGUCGUGAUGACUUCAUCUCUAGUAUUGUAAAUUACAAUACAGAAGCCCAAAUCACUAAACAACUACGUGAUUUCAUGCACAAGAACUAUCUCAGCAACCCCAACUUCGAAUUUGAUGUUGUCAACCGUGCCUCUAAGGCAUGUGGUCCUUUGUACAAAUGGGUCACUGCUCAAUGCAACUUCUCUGCAAUUUUGGAUAGAGUUGGUCCUCUUAGAGAAGAACUUAACCAGUUGCAACGAAGCUCCGAAGAGACUCAGCUUCAGGCUGUGGAAAUGGACAAGGUCAUUGCUGAUCUUGAAGUUAGUAUCCGCCGCUACAGAGAUGAAUAUGCCGAACUUGUUGGCGAAACACAGAUCAUUAAGGCUGAAAUGGAACGAGUGAAAUCAAAGGUUGACAGAAGUAUUACCCUUCUUAGCUCUUUAUCAUCCGAAAAGGUACGUUGGGAAUCUGCAAGCCAAGCGUUUGAAAGCCAAAUGGGUACAAUUGUGGGUGAUGUUCUCUUGGCUGCCGCCUUUAUGGCUUAUGGUGGUUACUUUGACCAGCAAUACCGUGAUAUCCUUAUUCAGAAAUGGAUGGACCACUUGUUGGCAGCCAAUAUUCAAUUCAAACAAGAAGUAUCUUUGACAGAAUACCUUUCCUCUGCUGAUGAUCGUCUUUCAUGGCAAGCCAAUUCACUUCCAGCAGAUCAACUCUGUAUUGAAAAUGCCAUUAUGCUCAAGAGAUACAACAGAUAUCCAUUGAUCAUUGAUCCUUCAGGACAAGCUACAAACUUUUUGAUUAAUGAAUACAAGGAUCGCAAGAUGACUGUGACUAGUUUCUUGGACGAUUCGUUCAUUAAGAAUCUCGAAAGUGCAUUGCGUUUCGGUAACCCUAUCUUGAUUCAAGACGUUGAACAUCUUGAUCCUAUCUUAAACCCUGUACUCAACAAGGAAUUGCGUCGUACUGGUGGCCGUGUCUUGAUUCGAUUGGGCAACCAAGAUAUUGACUUUUCACCUGCGUUCACACUCUUCCUCUCAACACGUGAUCCCUCUGUCAACUUUGCUCCAGAUAUCUGCUCUCGUGUCACUUUUGUCAACUUUACUGUUACUCGUGGCAGUUUACAAAGCCAGUGUCUGAAUAAGGUCUUGAAGGCUGAACGUCCUGAUGUUGAUCAGAAACGUACCGAUUUGAUCAAGCUUCAAGGUGAAUUUCAACUUAAACUUCGUCAUCUUGAAAAGUCUUUGCUGCAAGCACUUAACGAAUCAAAGGGUAACAUUUUGGAUGAUGACAAAGUCAUUGAUACUCUUGAGACGCUAAAGAAGGAAGCCGCGGAAAUUACACGCAAGGUCGACGAAACGAAUACGAUUAUGCAAGAAGUUGACCAAACGACGGCUAUUUAUACACCACUUGCACACGCCUGUAGUUCCAUUUUCUUUGCUAUGGAACAACUCAAUCUGGUCAACCACUUUUAUCAAUUCUCUCUUGACUUCUUUUAUGAAAUAUUUGAAUAUGUCAUCCAUGCAAACCCCAACUUGAAGGGAAUCAGCGAUCCUGAUAGACGUCUUGAAAUCCUCUCUCGUGAUCUAUUCUCUGCUGCCUAUAAGCGUGCGUCUCGAUCUUUGAUUCACGAAGAUUACCCAAUGUAUGCCGUCUUGCUCUGCCAGAUCCGUAUGCGUGGUGUUCAAGAAAAUGUGGAUGAUACCGAAUUUGAUUUCUUGUUAAACGGAGGCGACUCUGUUGUAGGCAAUACUGUGACAGCCGCAAGCUUAAGCUUGCCUAGCUUCAUUCCUGAUGAAAUUGCUCAGCGCAUUAAGGAGUUCUCUAGCCUCAAUUGUUUUAGUCAUUUAGUAAACCAUGUCUCAAUGAACGAAGAUGUUUGGAAACAAUUUAUGGAACACAACCAACCGGAAACAAUCGUGCCUCUAUGUUGGGACGGUGCUGGAACAAACAAUUCUGUAGAUGCACUUCGCAAGAUGCUAAUUGUCAAGUGCUUCAGACCUGAUCGAUUGCUACCUGCUACGACUAUUUUUGCAACUGAAAUAUUUGAUGGAGAAUUUAUGAAUACUGGUGAAUUAAACUUGCAACAAAUUGUGACAGAAGAGGUUGGUAGCUCUACACCACUUGCUUUAUGUUCAGUUCCUGGUUAUGAUGCAAGUUAUCGUGUUGACAACUUGGUUGCAGAGACAAACAACCGUUGUACGUCUGUGGCUAUGGGAUCUGCUGAAGGUUUUGGAUUAGCCGAUCAAGCUAUCUCUGCUGCUAUCAAGACUGGUACAUGGGUUAUGUUGAAGAACGUUCACUUGGCGCCUGCAUGGCUCGGUCAGCUUGAAAAGAAGCUUCACAGCAUGAAACCUCAUCGUAACUUCCGUUUGUUCUUGACGAUGGAAACGAAUCCUAAAGUACCUGUCAACUUACUUCGUAUGUCACGCAUCCUCAUGUUUGAACCACCACCAGGAAUUAAGGCCAACCUCCAAGAAUCGCUACGUAGUAUCCCUCCUUCUCGAUUGUCACGCGGUCCUACUGAACGAGCUCGACUUUACUUUAUGUUGGCAUGGUUACAUGCAGUUGUUCAAGAGCGUUUACGAUACGUUCCAUUGGGCUGGACUAAAGUCUAUGAAUUUAAUGACUCUGAUCAAGACAGUGCAUUCAACACGAUUGAUAAAUGGUUAGAUUCUGCUUCAGCUGGUAGAGCCAACAUAUCACCCGAAAAGAUUCCUUGGGAUGCCAUCAGAUCGUUGCUGAAACAGUCUAUUUAUGGUGGCCGAAUUGAUAAUGAGUAUGAUCAACGCUUGCUUGAUUCUUUUGUCAACACCUGGUUCAAGCCUGAGUGCUUUGACAUUGAUUUUGAAGUGGUAAAGGGCGGAGAAAGCCAAAAGGGAUUGACUGCUCCUGACGGAAUCAAGAUGGAUCAAUUCCUCGACUGGGUAAACAAACUUCCUGACCGUGAACCGCCCACCUGGUUAGGAUUACCAUCCAACGCAGAACGCGUACUGUUGACACUCAAGGGUAACCACAUGCUGAACAAGGUCCGCAAGAUGAAGAGUCUUAGUGAUGAUGAUGAGGCUGCUUACUCACAAGACGGUGGUCAAAAGACAUCAGGGGCACCUUCCAACUCCAACCAACCCGCUUGGAUGCGUGCCCUUAGUGCAUCCAUCACAAACUGGCUGGCACUAUUACCAUCUACGAUCAAGGCUAUGCAACGUGAUAGCCAUGGUAUUAUGGAUCCUCUCUUCCGAUUCUUUGAAAGAGAAAACCAAAUUGCACGUAAUUUGUUACGAGUCAUUCGAGAAGAUCUCAUGUCUCUCCAAAAGGUCUGUGCUGGUGAACUGAAGCAGACGAAUCACUUGAGACAACUGUUGACCUGGUUAAAUAAGGGAAUAAUUCCUGACCAUUGGAAGCGUUAUAAGGUGCCCAAGAACAUUUCUUUGAAUGCAUGGCUUGCAGACCUCAAGACGCGUUUAGAACAAGUCGAGUCAGUUGCUCAAGAACAGACAUUUGAACAUGUUGAUAUUGCCAUUGGCAGUUUAUUCACACCAGAAGCCUACGUUACAGCCACCCGACAGGCAACUGCACAGAAAUAUAAGUGGUCGCUUGAAGAAUUGAUAUUGGAUGUUGAUAUUGGAAAAUGUAAGCAGAUGGAUUCUAUAGGCUAUCACAUUCAUGGUAUGAAGAUUGAAGGAGGAAUAUGGAAAGAGAAUGAGAUUCGCUUGACAUCCGAACCAAGUAAUAAGCUCCCGAACACAACGAUUCGAUGGAUAAGAAAGGACCAAAAAGAAGACAAUGAAAACAUGGUUGAAUUACCCGUCUAUCUUAACUCUGAUAGAAGUGACUUAUUGUUUACUAUUCGUACUUGUGCAAAUAAGGAAGAAAAGGAUAGAAUACCUCAAAGAGCGGUUGCUGUUGUCAUUUCAUUCUAAAAUAUAUAAACACACACAUUUUUAACAAUAAAAAUAUGCAUUGAAAAUAAACCAUUUUCAUUGUAACUCUUUGCAUC